UACUCUCAGUACAGAAAAGGCGCUGCAGGACAAGGUGGAGAAAGAGAUGGGUAACCACUUCCAUUGGGAUGGUCUCGUCUCCUGCCUUGCUGAUGCGAAGAUAGGAGAGAGACAAUGAUCUACACAAUUGGUGUGGAAACAGAGCUUAGGCUCAUGUGAUGCAGCCACUGCCGGUCCCACUGUAGCAGUACAGCCGUCCUUUUUCCUGGUCCUCAUAGCAUUGGGAAGAUGACGAAGAAGAAGUCUUGAUGUUGUAGAGGUUGUUUCUAGAACGACGCCUCUCGGAUUCGACGAGGCCGUCGCCGUUGGGUUGGUAUUCUACAGCUGGUACCAGGAUACUCCACCUUGCAUGCUCAUUGGAGCUAGUUUCUCCACGUCUUUGAGUGCUUUUAACCUGCAGGAACAACCGACGCCGUUUGUUAAGAGUAUGGGUCAUCGGUACAGGCCCAUGUUAUAGCUUGAGGCCAGCCGCUGGCCAUGAGUUUGGUGCUCCCACCACAACAAUGCUUGUGUUGCAAGAAAUGUUUAGUCUUUCGAUGCUUUGCAUGGAGGUACAAGCACGACGACAAAGCCUCAGAUUGUGAUUCAUUCUUUCAUGUGUAUUCUUUUUUGUGUGGGUUACGUGACCAAUGAAACAAUUUCUGAAGUCAGAGAUUGUGUUGAUGCUUGAAAGCCAAGCUUCAACGGCGCUCUUAAUGGUUUCAAUGAACUCCCCGCUGAACGAGUACUCUCGCUCUUUUGGUGAGAUCACACGUACGCUGUAUUGCAAAAUCUUCGCUUAAAAGCUCGUAUCGUUGCCGAACAACAUGAUUUGCUGAGCUAUUCAUACUAGUGAUCAUCUUGCGAGGAGAAUGUAGGCUUCUCCUGCGCGCUCGAGGCGAUUCAGGGAGAUUGGGCUCUAUUCCAACGUGGAGGAAAACUCGAGCUCGUAGCCAGACAUCGAAAGCUAGACUUCCAACCAUAGUGCUGUGAACAUCUCUACGUUCUUGAUGGCUAUCUAGCUUUCACCACCAGCAGGCAUGAUCAUUUCAAGAUGGUCACCACUGUAGGGCCAAGCCGCUGCUCUUUACUCAAUAUUCUUUCCGCUUUUCCCAAAAACUUUUGUCUCUGUGAUUGAGUGCGACCAUUUGUUGAGAAAAAUCGACGGCUGCAGAUAAUUGACGAGCUUUCGAUUCUGUGUUCUAGUAACAAUCUGCUGUCUGUGUCGGCGUCACCCAUGCUCCCUUGACCAAUCGCAAUGAUGAAAAUUCACAAAAUUGUAAGCCGGUGUAGGUCAUUUUCAGGGGAGACUGAAGGACGACAUUGCUGCUCCCUCCAGGCGUCGCCUCUCACAUCAGACAGCUCUUGUGCGUGUACAAGAGCGAGGCAGCUUCUUGCACAGCUGCUGCGGUGCACUACAAAACAAGAAUGAAGGGAAUUCAUCAGGUUCAACGUUGGGUCUAAUUCGAGCUCGCGUCGGCUCUGCGAAUGGUGGCAGCAGCUGCACCAUAUUCCUGUUGAAGGGGAACAAAGUUAGGUUACACUGUAGCUCUCGACGGUGUGCAAAUUUGGUGGCGUGAACGUGAUAAAUUCGAGAGAGUUUGUCGUUUUGAUUGAGGGUGAGGUGAAGUUGCAACUGGAGGUUUGUUGAAGCAGAGUCGUCUUUGGGAGCGCCGAAGCAGCUAGAUGGGUCUAUCAUGCAAGACAAAAUCCUCUGUAGCUGUCUGCAAUUCAACACAAGACCCGAAUCGCAACAAUGAGGGGAUUCUCGAGAGUUUCAAAUUCAGGGAUCUGGAGGCAGCGACAGGUUUCUUCGCACGGGAGAACUACAUCGGGAAGGCGAGUCAUGGCCACAUGUACAAAGGUGUUCUCCAGGAUGGGAGAGUGGUGACGGUGAAGCGACCGGGUGCAACACCUGGCGCUCGCCAUUUCUUAGAAGACGUCGGCGCGUUCAACAACGAGAUACAAAUCCUUUCCAAGCUCUUCAGCCGGCGGCUUGUGAACUUACUGGGAUGCAGUCAAGAUGGUAGGGUGAAGCCGAUUUUAGUUUUGGAGCACAUGGAAAAAGGAUCGUUGCAUGAGAAUCUUCAAUCGGACACUGAGCUUUCCUUGAGCUGGCCCCUGAGAGUGAAGCUCGCACUGGAUGUUGCCAAAGCGAUACGAGCACUUCAUGCAUCGUCACCGUCUAUCGUCCACCGCAACAUCCGAAGCACGAACGUCUUUGUGGACAGAGACGGGAGCGCGCGACUCGGGGACUUCUGCCUUGCCAAGAGCAUGCAGCAGGAAAUCAUUGAUCCUCCGAGGAGAAGCAACUUGAUUUCAAUCCCAGAGGUACUUACGGCAACUGCGGAAGGUUACAACGCUAAUAGAAUGUCCAUGGCGGUGGAGGACUUCGACUCUGAAUUCAACUACGACUCCUCCACAGAACCGACUCGUGUCAGCCCCAAGACGGAUGUCUUCAGCUUCGGAGUCAUCUUAUUAGAGCUUAUGUCUGGACGGAGCGCCGCAUCGUUAUCAGAUUGGGCACUUGACAUGACUCCUUUACGUAGCCUACUCGACUGGGCUCUACCGCUCAUCAAACACGGCCACUCCAUGGCCAUCUGCGACCCCCGAAUCACUCCCCCUCCGGACAACGCGGCCGUCCGGCACAUGGCAUCCGUCGCUGCGCGGUGUGUGCGAUCCUCGAGUUCCCGUCGACCAUCCAUGGAAGACGUUGUGCAGUGUCUGUCCAAAGCGAGCAAGCUCGUUCCCGAGCCCAUGUGGAGCUCUCCGACAUCCUCUGCCAACUACACCUCAACCGAAGUGACUCCCUCCAGAGACAAAAUCCCCCUUGUGCCCCAAAAUACCAGCAGGAGAGACAGAUCGAUCCCAAACGUUGACAAUGCUAUCACUCCUGCCCAACCCUCCAGGCAGCUCCAGCUCCCGCGAUCCUCCAUGUGGGCGUCAGGCUUCUUCAACCUCAAGAAGAAGCGAACUUUCGUGUUCCGCUUGAGCAGGUUCUUAGCUCGCAAGUUCAGGGUCGGACAUCGAAGAUCAUACGACAAACUCGUUCCAGCACACUACAGUGCCGAGGAUGAGGAAGUCCAGGAUUCAAGGCGACACAGAAAACGGUAUCCCAAAUCUGGCGCUGUCAAGGGCGCGAAAGUGUCCGACGAAGAUAUUCGAGACAGGUCCAUAGUGAUGCCACCCAGGCUGUCAUAUUCCAAAUCUGCCGUCUCCUCCGCAUCUCGACACCACUCGGGCAAGAAAUUCGUUAGGUUGUAGAUUCAAAACCAAACCAAACCAAACUUCAGGGUUUCGAGAGGCAUGAAGUUCUAUGAAUUACGCUCACAGCGGCUUCUCCAUUGCGAGAGCACCGUUGCUAGAAAAUUCUGCUUCUUCUGCUUCUACUUCUUCUCCUUCAACCUCCUCCUCCUCCUCGAUUGGCUUUGAAGGCCUGCAACAAUGUGCUACAGACUCAGUUUGAGAAAUGCGCAGCAUCAACAACCGUACGUACUGAAAUUGCAACUGCCAAAGAGAAUGUGACCAUUUGCCUGAGUCACUCCAGGUGGGUUUCAAAUUUCGAAGGGUAUUAGGGCUUGAAUUGAUCUGUAUUUGCAAAUGCACGCAAGCACACCUUUAAAACCCAUAAUGUGGUUGCCUUCUGUUGUCUGUUGUUGUCGAUUUUUUGAAGCUUUCACGACGCACGUCUUGUUCCUGAGCUCAUCAUUUACAAGAACUUUUGGCUUUAAAUCCUUACUCAAGGUUUUCAGGACUACCCAAUUUUUGUUUCUA